UUUUGGAAGCUUCUUGUAGACAAGCCCCAGUAACAAUUUGCGUGAAAGAAUUUAGAAUUACUACUACUGCAUUGUGGUGUUUAGAAAUACAAAACACAUUUCUCAAUGACCAAUAUUUUGAUGUUGUUCUUUCAUUUACUCAAAGUGUUUUUGUAGCAGGUUCAAACCGAAAAGAUUCUAAUCAACCCGCCGUAGAACCCUACUCUUUAAAGAAAAGUAAUUUAAUAAGCACCUCGGUCAAUGGCAACAACAAAAAGAGAAACUUUAGACGUAGCAACACACUUCGUCUUGAUCAUUCCCUUUAA